AAAGAAUGGUCCUUUGACUGUAACUGAUGCAAAUUUAAUACUUGGUCGAUUGGUUCCUGAUUAUUUUCCCAAAAUUUUUGGAAAAAAUGAGGAUCAACCACUUGAUUUAAAAGCUACUCAAAUUGAAUUCGAGAAGUUGGCCACUUCUAUUAAUAAUUUUGAUGAUGGAAGAUCAAAAGAAAUAAAAAAAAGUAUAGAUGAAAUAGCUUAUGGGUUAGCUAAUGAAACUAUGUGUCGUCCUAUCCGUGCUCUUACUGAAGCAAAAGGUUAUUCCGCUUCAAAUCAUAUUUUAGCUUGUUUCGGUGGUGCGAGUGGGCAACAUGCGUGCGCCAUCGCUCAAAAUUUAUGUAUAAAUCGAAUAUUAAUUCAUC